CUGCAGCCCUCGAGAGCAUGGCGAGCACUUGGAGGAUUUGUGUGUGUUUGUGCUGCUGUUUGUCCUGGCUGUCUGGUGGCUCUGUGGAUCCCCCCGGGUUUUUGGCAGCCCCUGAGGAUGCUGCCAGCCCGCUGGGCGCGGUGCUGUCCCAAAGCAGGGUCCUGCCUCCCCUGCUCAAGGUGCUGCACGGCUCCCGGGGCUGGCAGGGCGAGGUGCCGCGGCUGCAGCCGGACUCCAGGGCGCUCCGGUACAUGAAGAGGCUGUACAGGCUGUCUGCCGGCAGGGACGGCAUCCCCAAGGCGCGCCGGGGCCGCCUCUAUAACACGGUGCGGCUCUUCAGCCCGGGCUGGGAGUGCGGGCACGGCCACCUGGGGACAGGAGAUGUUCACUCGGUGGAUUUACUCUUCAACUUGGAUCGUGUUACUGCUCUGGAGCACUUACUCAAGUCUGUCUUGCUCUAUUCCUUUGACACAUCUGUUCCCAUCUCCACUUCCAUUACCUGCAUAUGCCAUUUAUCCCUUAAGGAACGUGAUUCUUCCAGCCAAGUUUGUCCCAGCAUUUCCCACUCUCUAGCUUUUAGCCUGCACUUUGACGUUAGGAAACGCAAAUGGGUGGAAAUGGAUGUGACUUCUUUCCUCCAGCCUCUGAUUGCUGCGAACAGGAGGAACGUGCACAUGGCUCUGAACUUCACUUGUGUGAUGGGUGACCCACAAGGGAGCACGACACUGGAGAAGGCUGUCAACGUGACACUGGUUCCCCCUUCCCUUCUGCUGUAUCUCAAUGACACCAGCGAGCAAGCUUAUCACCGGGGGAGCUCGCUGGGGCACGGCAGGAAAAGCGGCAGCAGAGGACAAGGCACCCCCCAGGGUAAAAGGGCCUCUCGCCAGAGAAGGAACGAGAGCCCCAAAGCCACCCCAGCCCCUUCACCCCACAACCUGAGCGAGCACCUGAGGCAGCUCACAUUCCCCCAGCACGAGUGCAAGCUGCACAAUUUCCGCCUGAGCUUCAGCCAGCUGCGCUGGGACCGCUGGAUCAUCGCCCCGCACAGGUACAGCCCGCAGUUCUGCCGGGGCGACUGUCCCCGCGCGCUGGGCCAGCGCUACGGCUCGCCGGUGCACACCAUGGUGCAGACCCUCAUCUACGAGCGCCUGGACCCCGCCGUGCCGCGGCCUUCGUGCGUGCCCGCGGCCUACAGCCCGCUCAGCGUGCUCACCGUCGAGCCCGACGGCUCCAUCGCCUACAAGGAGUACGAGGACAUGAUCGCCACGCGCUGCACCUGCCGCUAG